AUUACUGUAUAUAAUAAAUUAAUUAACUGCGAUUAUUUCAAAUAAUUAUAAAUUUUAAUUUAUGUAAUUACUUUAAAAAAGUUUGUUCAUGUAAUUGGAUUUAAAUUUCCCUCUCCGGUUACGUCACCCACAAAAACCGCGUGCUUUUAUCCCCACCCGGAAUUCAAUUUGCACAAACGAAAAUGAUAUUUAUUUAUAUUUUUAAUUACAUAUUGUCUUUAGUUUCGUAUCUAUUUUGUGUACGAGCAAUCGAACCGAAUUAUUCUUUAAUUUUUCUUCUCAACAAUUAUCAUAGAAGAUGGCAACAAUUGAAUUAAAUCCAAACGAAGAAGAAUUAUCUGCUGAAGAAUUUAGUGCGCUGUGUGAAUUAAAAUAUCUGCGGAAAACUCUAUCAUUUUUACAGAAACGCGUAAGAAGAAAAGCGCGAAUUCAGUACCCGUAUUAUUUAAUGUACGAUCAGAUAAUUGGAAAAUUACCGAAAUACGCUGAGCAGUCAUCUGAAUUUCCGGUCCAUCUCCAGUUUGAAGGAAUUUGGGAGGAUCCAGACGAUUCCCGUGACCGGAAUACGAUGCACCCUGUUCAGUAUUACAAGAAAAAAAUUCGCUCUCUUGAAGAGCAGUAUAUUUCAAAACUCGACAAAUUGAUGGACGAUCAAGGCCAGCUUGCCAAUGAAGUAAAAAAGGCUCUUCGUGUUGAAAAAGCCAAAGAAAACAGUUUUCUAAGAAAAGUUUCAUUUGACAAUUCCUGGAUGGUCAAACUUUCCGCGAAAAACAAAACUUCCGGGUUUCUCGAUGAUCUUGAUUGACCUCCGAUUUAUGCUCGCGAAUCGAUUGCCAAAAUCGAACUUUCCUGAUAUGUAUUACAGUCAUACGUUAUUUUUAUUUAUAAAUAUCGCUAAUUAGUCAUGUCAUAACUAUACUCUAUUUAUUUAUUUAUUUAAAUAGCCGACAAUAAAAUCAUCUUGCUAUCAAACUUCUAUUAUUUUUCUAAUCAUAUUACUCAUAUAUUUAAUUAAUAAGUAAUAAAAUUAUUUAUAAUACUUCCGGUAAUAUUUUAAAAUCGCAGUAACGGAGUUUGAAUUUUCGCGCCCGAUUCAAAAUUCAAAAUAUUUGAAUUUUUAAACUUCUUAUCAUUAAAUUAAAACAAAUGAAUAAAUUAUUUAAUUUAAAUGUUUAAUUACAAAAAAAUUGUUUAAUUAAAAAAAAAAUUGGAGUUUCCAUCAACGGGGAAGAUUGACUCUGGUCCAGUUUCUAUGUCGAUUUUAUCAGCAGCCUUCAAUUGCGCUGUACUUUUAUUGUUUGUAAAAAUUUCUAAUUAUAAAUUACAAAUAAAAAUUAUUAAACAAAACUUAAAACAAUUUAAAAAAACAAAAAAAAAUUGUUUAGUUGCAGUAAAAAAUUCCCUAGAAAAUUUAAAAAUUUUUCCAUCUGACAGUUGGCGAACUCUGGUUGUAUUACAGACGCGUGCAAUGGUGGAUGGGUUUAGUGUAGGCAUUGUCCUAAAAUAUAUGCACUUAAGUAAUUAAUAAACAAUACCCGUGUUUUAAUUAACCCAUCAAUUCUCAUCGUCUCCAAGUAAUAUUAGCCCGCCAAACUUCCAGUCCAUUUAAAUAAAUUUACAAAUUAUCAUCAUAACAGUGCGCGCGAAAAAUUCAGCCGAUUGUAUGUGUGUGUAUUGUGUCGAGUUUUCAUCACAACUCCGUCACUUUAACCUAAAGAUUUUAAUUUGCCAAAAAAAAAAAAAAUUUUAUUAUUACUGUCAAAAUAAUAAAUUUGAAUUAUUUUUUUUUCCCGCGGGAAUUUGAAUUAUUUUAAAAAGUUUAAAUAAAUAAAAAUUGAAGUUUAAAACAAUUGAAUAAAAAAAAGAGUGAAAGCCGACACAGGAGACAGUGUCAGCAACUGUCUUACCAGUGCAGUAAACAUUACGCAUUCAAAGUAACUUGCUGGUGUACGUAUACGUGUUGCACAUCAUCGUCGUCGCGGUGUUUAGUCGUCUGUGUCGUGCUGUGUGUGUAGUUUUGUUACAAGGUCUGUCUUCUUUCUCGGCACACUACACCCGCGUAGCGGAAAGUUGAGAAAAGAUAUCAUAUAUGUAUAUAUAUGUAUAUACAUAUAAUAUAGACAUAUACAUUUAAAUAGGAGACGGACAAGAGGGCCCCCGCGAGGGUUGCGUUCACGGUAGAACCCGCGCGCGUAUUUAUCACGCUCUGAAUUAAAGUCAAAUAAAUAAACUCCAGGUGUUACUUUUGGUACCCAAACAACGUGGAGGCAAUUAAUAGAUUUUGUUGGUCAGCAAAUGGGACGUGUAAUGGUGGUCAGUAAUUGUUGGAGCCAGUAGCAGUGUAAUAAAACGUCGGGUGGCUGAAAACGCCGGGAAGGUUAGUUGGGAUAACCCGAGGCCAGGGCAGUAUAACAUCAGACUCUAGAUGGUGUGCAGUCGUUGAAAUUUUUUAACUUGACUGGGUGAUUUGAAAUAACUCGGGUGAGAUAAAUAUAAAUAAUAAGUGUGUAAAUAAUAACUCGGGCCGUAUGCUCGUAGGGUAAUACGGUGUUAUGAAAAAAUGAUGUGAUCGACGGUCAUCAUGGCGGCACCCAUGUUAAAGUGGAAACGGAUCUCAAAUCCAAGCGGACCUCAACCAAGACCUCGUCAUGGACACCGUGCGGUUGCUAUCAAAGACCUCAUGGUUGUAUUCGGCGGAGGGAAUGAGGGUAUCGUCGAUGAACUUCAUGUUUACAAUACAGCAACAAAUCAAUGGUUCGUACCAUCAACAAAGGGAGACAUCCCACCGGGAUGCGCUGCCUACGGAUUCGUCGUGGAUGGCACGCGGAUCCUCGUCUUCGGAGGUAUGGUAGAGUACGGAAAGUACUCGAAUGAAUUAUAUGAACUGCAAGCAAGUCGGUGGGAGUGGAAGAGACUGAAACCAAAGUCCCCGAAAGAUGACUCGCCACCUUGUCCAAGACUUGGACACAGUUUUACGUUGAUCGGGAACAAAGUUUUCCUGUUCGGAGGUCUCGCCAAUGACAGCGACGACCCCAAAAAUAAUAUACCGAGGUACUUAAAUGACUUGUAUACUUUGGAGCUGCUACCGAAUGGACAGACUGCGUGGGAAGUCCCCAAGACAUAUGGGCCCUCACCCCCACCGAGAGAGUCACACACCGGAGUGGCCUACACUGAUCGCACCACGGGCAAAUCAUGCCUGGUAAUUUACGGAGGAAUGAGCGGAUGUCGUCUGGGUGACCUCUGGUUCCUGGACGUCGACUCGAUGACCUGGAACAAGCCCAUCGUACAUGGACCCACUCCGUUACCGCGGUCACUCCACACCGCCACUCUUAUCAACCACAAGAUGUACGUGUUUGGUGGCUGGGUGCCGCUCGUUGUCGACGAUGUUAAAGUUGCGACGCACGAGAAAGAGUGGAAGUGCACGAGUACUCUGGCCUGCUUAAAUCUAGAAACGCUGACUUGGGAACAAUUGACCGUUGACUCGUCGGAAGAAAACGUUCCGCGAGCACGAGCUGGGCACUGUGCAGUAGGAAUUCACAGCAGACUUUACGUCUGGUCAGGCCGCGAUGGCUACCGCAAAGCAUGGAACAACCAGGUGUGCUGUAAAGACUUGUGGUUCUUGGAAGUCAGUAAACCUCCGGCGCCAUCGCGAGUCCAGUUGGUGCGCGCGUCAACGAAUUCUCUUGAAGUAAACUGGACCCCGACGCCGUCAGCUCAAUAUUAUAUACUACAAAUACAGAAGUACGAUAUGCCACCAGCUACUGGAUCAUUCCCAGCAGCAUCAACGCCGGCAGCAAUAACUCCAGCUCCAACGGCUGCCACUACUUCCGCGCCUACUGCGACACCCGCGUCUGCUGCAGCAUCAACUCCCGUUGCUGUGCAUACCCCUGCCCCUGUAUCAGCUCCAAUUUUACCACCAGCACCGACUCCGGCUCCUGUACCAGUCGCGGCACCUGUUUCUCAGCCACCACCGGUAGUGACACCAGUUCCCACUCCAGUUAUUCCAUCGCCCGUGGUCACCAGUGUGACUCCAGUGGCCGCGGCAGUGCCAAGUCCUCGUCCUGCAGUCGUUCAGAGUCAAAUACGUCUCCAGGCUCCAGUUCAAAGCGCAGCGCCUCGACCCAUCACAACCCCAAUCGUCAAAACGACGACUCCACUGAGUCCACGAGUUGCGACUGGCAACGUCAUCAGAAUUCGAUCGCCUCUGGUCACUUCAGUGGCUGCUCCGGUUUUGCAAACUGUUGAUCAGACGCCAGUUUCAACUGUCACCACAACAGCUGGACAAUCGCCCGCGGCUAUGUCAGGUAUCGCUGCACUGGCCGCGGCCGCAGCAGCGACACCCAAAAUUAACAUGAACAAUGUAACAAGUAAUAUAGUUUCGCCAAAUCCUACUAAUACCGUAAGAAUGAAGGCCAUGCAACCAGGACAGCAGAUACGUUUUGCCGCUCCAGGGUCCACUGUCCUCCGUGCGGCCUCUCCGCAACACAGCAAGCAAAUAAUUCUCCAGAAAUCUGGCCAGAAUAUCGCCGGACAACCGCAGAUUGUCCAUUUAUUGAAAACUGCUGGAGGUGUGAUGACAACUGGACCCAAAGUAAAUUUAAUUCCUGGUAAAGCUGUCCAGACCAUCGGAGGCAAAACUAUCAAUCAAGGCCCUACAAUCUUGCGACUCGUUAAUCCUAAUACUGUUGCUGGGUCCAAGAUCCUCACGUCUAUGAAAGGAUCUAAUUUAGUGACAAUGAGCAAAGGUCAAGGUAUAGCUGGCAAACAGACGAUCAUGAUCACCAAACCUGGUGGCAAUGGCGGUAUCGUUGGUAGAACAAAUCAAAUAAUUGUCGUUACAACGGGAUCAGGGUUGAGGACCGUUCAAGCUGUGACGACGUCACAAGCUGGUCAAGGUGGAACGAUAUCUACACCAAUGAAUGUCCUACCGAUCUCGGCGGGUAAUCAUGUCACUAAUCAGCAGGGAGUAAAGAUGAUUGUCGUUUCUUCAGGUGCUAUGGUAGGGGGUACUGGUGGAAAACCCAUCACGAUAACAGUACCAGGACAUGGAGGUGUUCCAAAGACCGUGACAAUAACCAAAGGUGGUCAGCAAGCGAUAUUCAAUCCGGCCAAGACUCAGAUCGUUACGAGCUCGCAGUUCCAGAAAGCCCAAGAUGGUACCGGCAAACCCUUGACAUUACAGAUGUCUGGUGGCAUUGGCGGUAAAACAGUCACUCUGGUACCAACUAGUAGUUCAAUUGUCAGUACUAUGGCUGCUGGUGAUGCAUUCGAUACGAGUAAAAUGCUUUUCGUGCCACAAAAACAGCCGUCAGCGUCACUGGCAUCAACUUCCGAUGGUCCGGCGACGACUGAUGCGGCUCUGGCUGCUCUUGCUGCUGAAGCUGGACUGAUUGAUCCGGUUCAGGAGUCAUCGGGGCUUAAUUUUAUGGUGAACGAUGACGCAGGAGCUGAUGAGAAGGCCGAGGACAGUUGCAAUGGCAACGAAGCAACAACGACUGCUGCUUUGGUCUCACAGCUGACUGCCGGCGAGGCGAUGCAAGUUGACGGCGACGGGAACUUUGUAAUUCCUCAGGUAGACGGACCUGGUGAUAUUUUUUCAUCUGAUGACGAAGACACUCCGGAAGCUGAUGAGGAACCAGCAGUCGAGCAGUCUGCAGAUGCUGCUCCCUCGCCGCAACCUGAAGCUCAAGAAAGUCAAGAAAUGGAACAAGAUGUUGAUCCAGCUAUCACUGAAGACGCACCCCAAGUUGAAGAAGCAGCUGAAGUGAAAGAAGAGACAACUGUGUCGGAAAAAAAUCCUGACACUGAACAAGAAGAAACAGAUGCUGCUUCUGCCAGUGAGACACCAAUGGAAGCAAGUGAACCUGACUUACCUUCUGAAAGUGACAUGCAGAUUGUCAGCAAUGCGCCUUCCGAGUCAUCACUUAAGUCUGAGUUGUCCGAAUCCACUCAGCCAGCUGAGUCGAUAGAGGGAGCUAUCAAGAAUGAAUCUGCUGAUGAUAAACUUGAAGCUGAGGCUGAAGACAAGCACAAUCUUGAUGACCCAGAGACUCCACAAGAGUCGGAUAGUAAAUCUGAUACUCUUGCCACAGCAGUAGCAGCAGCCACAGCCGUUACAGGAACUGAGGAAAAAGAAAAAGAUAAUGACUCUGAUGGUGAUAACGAAUUCGAGAAUCUCAAUGCCGCGAUACAGCAAGAAAUGAGCAAAGCUAUGGACACUGAGAGUUCAUUGAUGUCUGUUAAGUCUGAACCAGAAGUUCCGAUGGACGUUGAUGAGCCCAUCAUCAAAGUCGAGUCUGAAGCAACCCCAGCUCCAGUAACUGCUGUCCCAUCACCAGUAGCAUCAGUCGCCUCACCAAUUGCCGCUGCUCCAUCACCACCAGCUGCAGUUUCGUCAUCACCAGCCCCAGUUCCAUCACCACCAGCUCCAGUAGCGUCACCGUUAGCCCCAGCAGCGUCACCGUUGGCUCCAGUAGAGUCACCGUUAGCUCCAGUAGCGUCACCGCUGGCUUCAGCUGCAUCACCAGCUGCUGCAGUCGCGUCACCAUUAGCUCCGGUUGCAUCACCAGUAGCUACAGCUGCAUCACCAUCACCAGCAGCUCGAGUCGCGUCUCCCGUAGCUCCAGUACCAUCUCCAGUAGCCCCAGUUGCUUCGCCCGUAGCUCCCGUACCAUCACCAGUAGUCGCAGCGGCAUCACCGAUACCUUCACCUUCACCAGUGAGGCAAAUAAAAUCCGAAGCUAUCGACCAGCCUGCAAAAGAACAAACUCCACCUCCAGUUACUGCCGUUACAAACGGGCGUGCAGCUGAGCCAGAAGCCAAUGAAUUACCACACAAAGUAAAUGCUGCAAGUCCAGUUGAUCCUAUUCCUGUAGCAGCAAUAAAACAGGAAGCGUUUGUUAAGAAGGAGGCACCUAAAGUUGAAAAAGAAAACAACUCAAGGGAAGCUGAUGACUCGACAGCAUUGACGACUCUCGCAACCGCAGCACUAGGAUCAGCAGAGCAACCUGUAAAAGUUAAAGCAGAACUUACCGAAGAAGAAAAGAAGGACUUGGAUUGGUACGAUGUUGGUGUAAUAAAAGGCACUACCUUCGUUGUGCAAAAUUAUUAUCUACCUGGUGAUCAACCACUCGACAUGUCGUUACCCCUCGCGGAUAUUUUCAAAGAUAGGGUCAAAGUUAACUUGGAGUCUGGUACUGCGUAUAAGUUCCGCGUCGCUGCGGUCAACAGCUGCGGAAGGAGUCCCUGGAGUGAGGUAUCAGCAUUCAAAACGUGCCUGCCGGGUUACCCGGGUGCCCCAAGCGCAAUAAAGAUUUCAAAGUCCGCGGAAGGUGCUCAGCUCUCUUGGGAGCCCCCUCCCAGCAACCUCGGGCCCAUUCUCGAGUACUCGGUCUACCUGGCGGUAAGAAGUGCCAGCGCAGUAUCGAACAAUGCAGGCGAGGCUUCCACCGUAUCGACACAGGCGAACCAGUUGGCCUUCAUUCGCGUCUACUGCGGACCCACCAAUUCCUGUUCAGUCCCCAACAGUUCCCUGAGCGCCGCUCACAUGGACGUCACAACCAAACCCGCGAUUAUAUUCAGAAUAGCUGCGAGAAAUGACAAAGGAUACGGACCAGCUACUCAAGUCAGGUGGCUACAAGAUCCCGCGACGGCGGUUAAAAGUAAUCCACAGAUUAAGAGACAAGUAGGUAGUGAUGCCCGUUCAGUAGCUAAUUCUCCAUUGAAAAAAUUAAAGCAAGAUGACAAUUACUCGUGAGUCUGUUCUUUCACUAAGUACAACAAUGUGGGAUCAUCCACACACUAGGCCCAUUUAAUUAACAAAUAUAAAUAAAAAUAUGACCCCCAUAUUGAAAGUUACUAAUUUUCGGUCAUACGUUACGAUGACGAGUAAUCGCGUAAAUAAUUAAAUGUGAUUAAAUUAUUAAAACUUUAAUUCGAUAGACUUCAUAUGUAUGGGCGACUUGAGUAAUUAAUUAUUAUUACUAAUAAAAUAAUGAGGUACACCUUCGUGUUCGUCUUGCAUUACUCGGUCUCAGCCUCAAUAUUUUUUCUCCAUUUUACUAAACAGUUAAUUAAUUUUUUUACUCCGUUAAAACUUUUUCAAUAUCGUUAACCAGCGUUAAUUUUUUGACAAUUCAUCAGUUAGUUUAUUUUAAUGUUCGCAAGCAAUUUUUUUAUUUUUCCUUUCGUUGAUUAAUCAAUUAAUUAAUUAAUUUAUUUAUUAUUUUUUUUUUUACUCGGGGGAUAAUUGGAUAAUUUUUUAAAUAUUCAACAAUAUUUUUUAAAUGAAUUUAUAUUUAAAUAAAUAUCACAAUGGGUCGAUUAUUUGUGGAUUUAAUUAGCAUGUAAUGAGCUCAUACUCACUGGUAAUUUUUGACAGAUGCAAUGACGGUGCUAUCGUUUCGAUAAAAUCGUACUCGUUUCAUAAACGAUAAAUAGUAAAAAAAAAAAAAAAAUUAAAAUACAAAAAAAAAAUAAUAAUAAAUAAAUAAAAUGAAUACUAACAAACAUCAUAUAGGAAAUAAAAUAAAAUAACAAUGAAGUUAAAAUAGUAACGAUUAACAUUUAGAAAGAAAAAGAAGUAAAAAAAAAAAAAUGGUAACAAGACGUUGUGGCGUUAUUUUUGUACCGACUCCAUACAUUACAAUCCCAAUUGAUCAAAGCACUUUAAGCUAAAAAAUAAAUAAACCAAUUAAACAAUAACACAAAUCAAUGACAAAUAUAAUCACGUAACACCAGAAAAUAAUUAUAAUGAAUGCAGAAUUAAUAUCAAUGUAUGUAAGAAUUAUUUUAUUAUUAUUAUUAAUUAAUAAAUUAAUUAAUGAAUGAAUUAAUAUUAUAUUAUUAUUUUUUGUCGGUGGUUAUGUAAAAUAAUCUGUAAAGUUAUAUGUAUUUUAUGUAGCGCCGACCUAUCGAAAUUUUAAUUUUCACAAAUAAACAAAUUAUUAUUAUUAAUUAAUUAUUAUUAUUAUUUUUAUUUUUAUUGAUAAAAUACGAUCUAGAGUUUUAAAAACUUAAAUAUGACAGCGUGAUUAGUCCGUCGAUUAUAACUUAAGCGAGUGGGAAAAAAGCAUAAUAAUAAAUAAAAUAAAAUAAAAUAAAAUAAAAUAAAAAAGGUCUAAAUGAUUAAUUUUUAUUCUUCCAGCGAUAAUUUAAUUAAUUUUACAUUUUAUUUAAGUUUUUUUUGCCGUAAUUAACUUCCAAUGCACAAGUAUGCAAUUACUGAUGGGAAAUUUUUUUUUGGGUCAGCACAUCACGAAAUAUUAACCAGCUCAACUUAUCAUCAAACGAAUCAUAGAGUAAUAAAAUAGUUUAAAUAAAUAUUAUUUAUGAGUAAUGGCCUUAUGCUAAUUAUUAUUAUUACAAUUAAUGUACACUGUGGGAUUUAAAGUGCCUAGGACAUUUAAUAAUUUUUAAAAAUUCAUGUAGAAAUUUCGAUUUUUUUUUUAUUUCAUAAAAUUGAUUACUUUUUUUGACAGUUUUUUUAUUUAAAAAAUGCUGCUUGGAGGAUGUUUUAAAAUAAAAUGAAUAAUUUUGAUAAUUACGCUCGGAAUUUUAUUUAUAUUUAUAUUUAUAUAUAUUUGUAUCGCGUAAUUAAAUGUGUGAUUAUAUAAAACCAAGUGUGUCCACAGAGUUAAUGAGAGUAUUUGAUAACUGUAAUAAAUAAGUAUAAGAUUUUUAAAUUGGAACAAAGUUUAAGUAAAAAUAUAAAUAAAAAUAAAUUAUAAGAUUGCAGAGAGCGAAAAAAAACUUUUCUGUAAAUUGAUCGCUUGGUAAAAUCAAAACUUCAAUUUUUAAUGCGAGCAUUAAUUUAUGGAGACUGUUUUUAUUGUCUGCAAUUAUAAUAGUAUUUAGUAUAAGAUCUUAAUUAAUUAAUUAAUAAUAAUAAUAAUAAUAAUAAUAAUAAUAAUUAUGCUUGAAUAAAUUUCAGUAGUUCUUCAUAAUAAUGGAGAUAGACUGACUCUAUACUGCUAGGAACUGAAUUUUGUAUAUAAAAGAAGAGUUUAAUUAUUAAUUACUCGUGUCUAACACGUCGAUAGAUUAUUUUUUACAAUCUAUCAUUUUUUUUUGUAUAAAAAAAAAAAAAUAAAAAAAGUAUGAGUAAUUUAGUGAUAAAAAAAUAUGUGAAUUAAAAGAAAAUAAUUGAAAUUUAUAAUUAAAAGUAACAAACAAUCUCGAUGGACACAACUUGUAUAUUUAAAAUUAUCUAACGGCUACUGAUAAAUAUAUAAAUUUAAAAUAAUAAUUAUAAUAAAUGAGUGGGCGCGUGAUUGUGUAAAUUUCGAUCGGUUUUCACAACUGAUUUACUUUCUGGAUAAUUUGAGUUUGAUAAUUAAUACUAAAUACUUUAUUUGGUUUUAUAUUAUGAUUGACAAGGAGUUUUAGUUUUAUUUUUAUUUCAAUGUCACAACGCAUAUUAAUUAAUUACGUAUUAAGAUUUAAAUUUAUUUGUUUCCUUGAAGAUGCAGGAGCUGGCGACUAUUUAUAAGAUUUGUUUAUGCUGAUUAAAAUAAAAUAUAUAUAUAUAAAUAAAUAUAUAAUAAUAAUGAUAAUAUACAUAUGCAUAUAGAUGAAAUGAAGAAAUAAAAAAAGCAUUUCCCUCGGUUAAGUUAUAGUGGCUCACACUUUUCACCAUCGACAGUAAAUUUAAAAAAAAAAAACAAAAAAAAAAAAAUAAUAAUUAUAGAUUCUCUUCUAUUAUACAGCGUUAAGUAAAUACAUUAUAUAAAUAUUAAUAAAUAUAUAUUAUAUAAUAAAGAUUAAAAAAUA